UGGGGCUGGUAGUUAGCAGUGUUAGUGUGCUGAAUGCUAGCGAGGGAACUCGGGGCUGGGGCUGGUAGUUAGCAGUGUUAGUUUGCUGAAUGCUAGCGAGGUAACUCGGGGUGUGGGGCUGGUAGUUAGCUGUAUUGGCGGGCUGAAUGCUAGCGAGGGAACUCGGGGUGUGGGGCUGGUAAUUAUCUGUAUUGGCGGGCUGAAUGCUAGCGAGGGAACUCGGGGUGUGGGGCUGGUAGUUAGCUGUAUUGGCGGGCUGAAUGCUAGCGAGGGAACUCGGGGUGUGGGGCUGGUAGUUAGCAGUGUUAGUGUGCUGAAUGCUAGCGAGGGAACUCGGGGCUGGGGCUGGUAGUUAGCAGUGUUAGUUUGCUGAAUGCUAGCGAGGUAACUCGGGGUGUGGGGCUGGUAGUUAGCUGUAUUGGCGGGCUGAAUGCUAGCGAGGGAACUCGGGGUGUGGGGCUGGUAGUUAGCUGUAUUGGCGGGCUGAAUGCUAGCGAGGGAACUCGGGGUGUGGGGCUGGUAACUUAGUUAGCUGUGUCAGUGUGCCGAAUGCUAGCGAGGGAAAUCGGGAUGUGUAAUCAUUAACUUAAUCAUAAUUGUAAUGAUGUAGUUGUGUGUGCAGCAUCCCCUGGUAAAUCCCACAUCAAACCCCCCCAAAACCAGAACCACGGCAACCGGCGCCCAGCCCUACCAACCUGCUGGGGCCAAAACCUUUCAGAACAGUUGGCUUGGUGACAAAGUAUUAUAUCACUUUGUAAAAAGCAAAAAAUUUAACUGUGUAUUAACAUAUUGGCAUGUUUCAACAAAUAACGUUACUUGAAUGUUUGUGCAGAUCGUUAUAUCAAGAUGUGAAUAUACUUAAUGUUACAAACAUUUAUUUAUUACCAUAUUCAGGAGAGAUUUUGAACCCAAUUUUAUGCCAUAUCUCACAUGUGGUGGUUUUGCUGAUAAGACAGAGUGAUAAUUUAUUAGUAAAUGUUCACAACCUUGACUUUCUUCCCUGUAGGAUAUGCUAGCUAAAGUUGAGUAUGGAGGAAAACAAAAAUACAUCAAGAUUCCACAGUCUGAGGAAACCUUGGAAUACCAAAGAUUUCUUCAAGACAUUGCCACAAAAUUUGGUCUGCAACCUGAAAACCUGAAAGAAGAUCAGCUCGUCUUAACUGAUGAAUCAGGAACAGAAGUAGAUGAAGAUAUCUUCGAGGACCUUGUGAAGUCAGGUGUACUGAACUUCAAAUUUUCCUUUAGACAACCAGUUCUAGAUCUGGAAGUCCAAAUUGUUAGUCAGGAAUCAUCUUCUUCUGUAGUGUCAGACACUCCAUUAUCCCCAUUGUCAUCCAGUUCAUCCGACUCCACAGUCAUCCUUGAAUCAACAAAGAGAAGGAGGGUAGCAGAAUUGAUGGAUCGGGAUCAAGCAAAACAUAUGGUUGAAGAUGUCCUCAAGGCCAAUCCAAAGGGUGAAGAAAUCUUCAUGGAGUAUAACAAGACCAAAACUCUUACAGAUGGAAAACGGAAACAAAUGGUGAACAUCCUGGUGGCUGAUAUGAUCGAGACACAUGGGAGGAUUCCACCAUCAAGUGCACGAACUAAUUAUGCGCUGGGAAUUGUGACUCUGUUUCCAUACCUCCAAGAUCCAUACUCUGAAAAUGGAUAUGAACACUACUACGAUCCUGUGGGUAACACUGGCUACCUAGCAUGGAGGAUUAAGACUGUUCAGCGGAACUCCUCUGUUGGCUCCCAGAGUUAUUCAAGGCCAUCUUAUCAAGAUAGUCCAAGAAGCAGACGAGAAGCUCUACCAGAUGUUGAACAGCUGUUUGGUGAUGAGUGCAGGGAGGCUUUAUCUACAAUGAGGCACUCAACAGAUGAAUCUGUGGUCAAAGAGAGAAUGAGGGCAACUUUCCAGUAUAGACAAAAGCUGGUUCGUGAUAAAGAUGCGUCAAUGUCUGUUCUGGACAACUUUCCUCGUUUCCUUGACAUUCCUGGAUUGAUUGACCAGGACUUUGCCAUGAUGUUUGGAGAUGAGGUGUCCAGUAGGUUUCUAGCGAAGUGGCCUACUUUUUUCAAGCCCAGAGUCAUAAGCGACUGCAGGACACUCGCCCCAAAUCAGUAUGCUGAGGAACUGCUGUCAGCAAUUGAACCCCAACCUGAGGAUAUCUAUGGUUGGGACAGUGACAUGUCAGCAAUUCUCCUGCUUCUACAUCUACUUCCCCCAACUGCGAGAGGCCAGAAAAAAAACAGCGAAGAUCAGUUCAGCCCAGGCAGCUAACCAUCUUGUGCGAUACAUUCCAGAAGGAGCCAGUCUCACUACCUUCCUUGAAAGAGCUGAAACGAAACAGCCCUUCCUCCUCUGCAUUGGUGAGCAAAAGAACAAAAUCUUAAAGUUCUACAUCAUCAUUGACCAGAAGGCUGUUCCAUGCAAGGCUCAGACAUCGGUGGCUGCUUUUGAUGAGCUAUUUAAAGCUCACUAUGUCUUCAGUCUCUCCUAUGAUGAAGCUCUGAGCAAUUUUUAUACAUUUGUGCAGACCACAGUGUAUAAUAUUGAUAUUGGAGUUACCAAGGAGAGCCCUCGGGUUAAGGAGCUUAGAGCAAGACUGCUACAGCACAACAUCUGAACAGUUUGUUGGAAUUGCCAAGGAGAUCCCCUGUGUUCAGGAACUUGGAGCAGCAAGACUGCUUCAACAUAACAGCUGAACAAACAGUUUGUUGAAAAUGUUCACAUGUUUUGUUUGUAAAGUGCACCACCGUAGUUGUUUGCUCCUUUGUCAGCAUUUGAAAUUUCACCAUGGCUUAUAUCCUGGCAAAAGUUUACGUUUGAAAUGUGGAGAGCGAGGAUGUUCUUUAUCAUUUUGUACUUACAGUGGUUUUAGGAAGCACCUGAACAAUAUACAUAGGGACACCACCCUUCCCCACGUGGACACUACCCAGGAUUUCACUACACAAAGUGAAGAUGAGGUGCAGUUUUCAAGUAAUCAACCACAAAGUUCAACUUCUGUUGCUAUUUCGGAAGCAUUUCAUGUACAUUCACAGAGUUCUGAUGGUACGUCCCAGCUGUCAUCUAUGUGUGGUUCAAUUGUUGCACAUUUACAAGCAGCAGGUAUUUGUGAAAGCACUGUUCAAACAAUUGUUAGCUCAAUGGAAGAAGUUGUUAAUGACAUUCACAACCAAACACGAGAGGCAGUUCGUAAAACCUUUUCUCCUGAAGAAACAAAUUCAGAUGUUUUAAAAACGAAAAUAGAGCACUGUUUUGAUCAACUUGAUAACCCUUUUUCUGCAUUGAACACAGAGGCUAAGAGACAAAAACAUUUUAAUGAAAGAUGGGAAAUAGUUCAACCUGAAGAACAUGUCCUUGGGGUACGAAUGGAUGUACGAAGAGAUAGAACUACAGGAAUAUACAGUGAGUUCCCUGUAACAGACAAGUAUAUGUAUGUGCCAAUUCUUGGUACUCUCAAAUCCAUUUUCAAAAAUGAGGAAAUAAGAAAAAGCUUUUUGCAAGAAAAAUUGAGUGAAAAGGGCAUUUACAAAGACAUUAAUGAUGGUUCGUAUUUCCAUAAUCAUUCCCUGUUCUCACAAGAGAGGCAUGCUUUACAGAUUUUGCUCUAUUAUGACGAUUUUGAAACCGCCAACCCUUUAGGUUCCAAGAAGGGGGUACACAAAAUAGGUGGUGUCUAUUUUACUCUGAAAAAUCUACCACCUAAAUGUAACUCUGUGCUAAUGAAUAUACAUCUUGCAACUCUUUUUUACAGUAGCGACCUGAAGACAUAUGGUUUUGAUGAAAUAUUGAAGCCUCUUAUUGAUGAUCUAAAAAUUUUGGAAACCCAAGGAAUACACCUUCCUUAUUUUGAAAAACCAUUGUUUGGCUCAGUAAUUCAAAUUACAGGAGAUAACCUUGCAUUAAAUGGCUUGUUAGGUUUUGUGGAAUCAUUCAGUGGAACACAUUUCUGUAGGUUUUGUUUGACUUGUAAGGAGGAUAUACAGUCUGUAUUUACUGAGGAUGAUCCUGGUGUAAUUUUCCGUUCAAAAGAACUUCACACUGAACAUUGUAAGGUACUUAGUGAAAAUCCUGCUCAACAUUCAGUAAGUGGUGUUAAAAAGAAUUGUGCAUUCAAUUCUCUACAGUAUUUCCAUAGCUCUGACAACUAUGCUGUUGACAUAAUGCACGAUUUGUUAGAGGGUGUCGUACAGUAUGAACUUAAGCUGCUUUUUCUUUACCUUAUUAAACAGGGUUAUGUUUCUGUGAACACAUUGUCUGACAGGAUACAAAGCUUUAAUUAUGGUUACCCAGAACGCAAAAACAAACCAAGUGGCUUACAAUUGGAUGACAAUAGCAAACACCUAGGUUUGAAUGCUGUACAGUCAUGGUGUGUUCUACGCAACACACCCCUUAUAUUUGGUGAUGUAAUUGAAAGGGGUAACAGUCACUGGAAACUACUUCUCCUUUUAAUACAGAUAGUCAACAUAGUGUUCUCCCCAAUCAUUACUGAUGGCAUGAUUUGUUACUUGAAACAUUUGAUCUGUGAUCACCAUAAUAUGUUCAAAUUACUGUAUCCUGAUAGGAAAUUGAUUCCGAAACACCACCUGAUGAUACACUAUCCACGGUGUAUUAAACAAAUUGGCCCUCUUCUACAUAUUUGGUGUAUGAGGUUUGAGGCUAAACACCGUGUUUUUAAAAGAUCUCAAAAAAAUUUCAAAAAUCUCAUAAAAUCUUUAGUAAAGCAGCAUCAGCGUCAAAUGGCAUGUCAGUAUGAGAACUAUAACUUCAAAAGAUUUGAGUUUGGUCCUACAAGAACACAAGCACUCUCUAGCUUAGAGGGUGGAGAAGUACUUAGACAGACAUUACAGUUGGAGGCAUUUUCUGUUGUUUCAACUACUAACUGGGUCAGAAAUUUUGGUACUGAGUAUGAGGUUGGUUUGUUCAUUUGCACUGGAUCAUAUGACCUUCCAGAGUUCAAAAAAAUCUGUUGUAUAAUAAUACAUGAAGAACAUGCAUUCAUACUAGCUGGUAGUACAAACACACUGUACUUUGAUGAACACUUUAAUGGAUACUCUAUUGAGGAGAGCUGUGAUGUUUUUUCUGUUGUUUGUAUAGACCAGCUUACUUAUUUCAGGCCUUUUGAUAAGCAGUAUUCCAAUGAAGAUGGUAGCAGGGCUUUCAUUGUACCAUAUUGUUAUAUGGUGGAAACAUGUUUUUGAAUGUUUUUUUGAAAGUGGUGCACAUGUUCAAAAAUAAAUGUUAAACAUGUCAAACAA